AUGAGCAAGUACAAGAAGCGCAAGCGUCACGACGAUCCACCAGCCGGUACCACCCGCGCGCCCUCCCCAGAUCUCGAAGAAAAGCUAUCCGMAGCGACGACGCUCUACGUCGGCAACCUAUCUUUUUACACCACCGAAGAGCAGAUUCACUCGCUCUUCAGCACCUGCGGCGAGAUCAAGCGGUUGGUCAUGGGUCUGGAUCGCUUCUCCAAGACACCCUGCGGGUUCUGCUUUGUGGAGUACUACACACACCAGGAUGCGCUGGACUGUCUGAAAUACGUGGGUGGCACGAAGCUGGAUGAGCGCAUCAUUCGCACGGAUCUGGAUGAGGGCUUCAGUGAGGGACGGCAGUACGGCAGAGGGAAGAGCGGUGGGCAAGUGAGAGACGAGUAUCGGGAUGAAUUCGAUCCCGGUCGCGGAGGGUAUGGCAGGGCGGCCGAGCAAGACAGAUACGCGGAUGAAUACGGACGGGCUUAA